AUGCUGAAAUUAAUAAAUUUUUUGUUCUUUUAUUUGGUUUUAACCAACUCCAAAAUUCUUCGCCCAAAUAAGAAACGCGCAUUUCAACUGUUCUUAAAUAGAUUUACAACAUUUGUUUCCAAAAGGAAAGGUCAAAACAAUAUAAAAAAAAUAACUCCUUUAAAUUUGAAGAAAAGACUAGAUCCUAACGAUAAGUACACAGUAAUAAAAAGACAUGAAGCAAAAGUACAGAGAAAUUUAAAACGCAAAUAUCUAAUUGAAAGAUGUAAGGAAAAAAGAAAUUUGUUGAAAAAAUAUAUAUCAGAAGCAUCAUCACCUAUAGAAUAUGUUUAUUGGAAAUACAAGUUGUCUUCUUUACCACGGGAUUCUUGCCCAGUCAGGUACCGGAACAGAUGUGCAAUCACAGGUUCGGCGCGAGGUUAUUAUUCUUUCUUUGGUUUGUGUAGACAUCAAGCUCGAGCACUGAUACAGAAAAUGUUUUUCCCAGGUUUUGUUAAAGCAUGUUGGUAG